AUGGAUCCGUCAUAUUGGGACGCCGUCACACGUCAUCAAGCCCCCAAGGCGAAGGCAGGUAAAGCCACGAAUUCAGUCGAGCGCCAGUUCCGGAAGAAUCCUUUUGCCGAGGCUCUUGCCACUCCAAUCCGUCAAUGUACCGCUUCUCGUACACGCCUCCCCUCCUUCUUUCUGCAAGACUUCAACCUCAUCUCCCACCCUGAAACUGGCCAACCGUGGUGGGUGCCGCGCAGUCUAUCUUGGGAUAAGCCUGUUGAAACACAGCAAGCAGGUGUAGCCAGCGACGAGCCAGCAAACGCCAAAUUAGAACGGGAACAACCAACCAUUUCGGAGGGCAUUCCCCAAUCAAAAUUGCCAGACUCCAUACAAACUACCAGCGUAAAACCGUACGGGCCUUCAGCAUAUGCGCUUGCCAGGCGAGAUAUCAUUUCCUCAUUUACAGUCAAGCAAUCAGGGCUCGAAAGACAUUAUAGACGACUGUUUGGUGGUUCGAGUUCUCGUUACGCAAAGUUUGGUCACCAGGCUGUAUGGCGCGAGGAUAUGGAUUCUGUCAUUCUCGAGCGUAUGCGGCAAGGUAUAGUAGAGGACCUCCUGUACCUCUCGAGACUUUGCAGUGAAGAUAGUCGGCACUACAUUGUGAAAUGUUAUGGCUGGGAUGAUGUAAAAUAUAAGCAUCAGGGCGCAUUGUUAUGGUUUCAAGGUUCUUCUGGGCACGACGAACCUACAAUAUCCGAGGCACAGCCUGGGCCGUUCGCUACUUACGACAUUGCCAACGAAAAUUCAACUACUAGUGUGGCAGUACAUAAUAUGCCCAUGCUUCUGGGAAUCACAGGCGCUGCGGGAGUCAGAGAUAAAUCUGCAAUUCUCAGAGACGGUUUCUUAUUUAUGUUAGCCGGUCGCCGCACAAAAGACCUUCAACUCAAAUUAUGGAAAUUACAGGGGUACUUGGCCAGCUACACAGAGCCAUCUUAG